AUGCUCACCGACCCCGAAAUCAUCAGAGAGACCACCGAGAAGAUCAUCCAAAUUCAGGAGCGACUGAAGGCAUCUAGGUACCGACAAAAGUGCUACACGGAUAAACGACAGAAACCCUUGGAAUUCCAAGUCGGAGACGGCAUGAUAUUGAAGGUAUCGCCCUGGAAAGGGAUGAUAUGCUUUGGGAAGCAUAGAAAAUUGAAUCUGAGGUACAUUGAACAAUUCGAGAUCCUCGCCAAGAUCGGUGCAGUGACCUAUAGAUUUCUGUUACCACAAGAACUCAACAACAUACAUCCUACUUUCCACGUGUCUAAUUUGAAGAAAUUCAUGUCUGAGGAAAGUCUCGCCAUCCCACUGAAUGAGAUAGAAGUAAACAACAAUCUUCAUUUCAUCAAAGAACCCGUGGAGAUAAUGGACAUAGAGGUGAAACGGAUGAAACAAAGCCGCAUUCCCAUUGUGAAGGUCCGAUGGAACGCCAAACAAGGGCUUGAGUUCACUUGGGAACAUGAAUAUCAAAUGAAACAAAAGUACCUACAUCUCUUCCAAAGUUCAUGA